AUGGGAGUGGAUCUUUUGAUGAUUUCGUGGAUCUUUUCAAAUCCCUCAUUAUUCCCCGUCCCCUUCGGUGAAUCGUUCGUUGCUGUACGGGGUGGUGGUGGUCGUCGACGGAGCGGCGACGACGAUACGUGCGAGCGUGCAGAUCCGUCGACCACCGUGCGCGCGCACGCACGCACGCACGGUGGUCGACGACGCAAUGGCUCGGUCGGUCACUGUCUCUGGGAUAAGGCAAUCGUAUUGAUUCAAUGA